GAUACUAUUGGUUCGAGUACCGUCUGCUACACGUGUUCCUAUGGUUGAAUUAUCGCAAUCUUGUUUCAAGAUGGAUAAAGACUCAAAUUUCUCCAAAAGAAGUAAAAAAGAACAUAAAAUACGAUCGGUUGGAACAUACAGUUUCUUACGACAAUACAUAGCAGCAUUAAGACCAUGGUCUUUAAGCGCCAGUUUGAUUCCAGUAUCACUAGGUAGUGUUCUAUCUUAUAAGAUAGAAUCGAAUUUUAGUUUACUAAUAUAUUUAUGUUCUUGUCUGACUGCUUUGAGUGUUCAUUCGGCUGGUAACCUGGUUAAUACCUAUUUUGAUUUUAAGAGGGGUGUUGAUAAUAAGAAAAGUGAUGAUAGAACGCUGGUUGACGAAAUUCUCACUCCAAAUAAUAUUGCUACAUUGGGUAGCUUAUUUUAUAUUUUCGGGUGUUUUGGAUUUGGAAUUUUAUGCAUAAUAUCACCAGCUGAAGUCGAACAUUUGGCAUUAAUCUACUUUGGUGGCCUAUCAUCAAGUUUUUUAUAUACUGGAGGACUGGGACUCAAAUAUAUUGCACUGGGGGAUAUUAUCAUAUUUUUAACAUUUGGACCUAUAACCGUCUUGUUUGCCUACCUCACUCAAUGUGGGCAACUGUCAACUACAACCUUAAUUUACGCAAUCCCCCUUGCUCUCAACACCGAAGCCAUAUUACAUGCAAACAAUACAAGAGAUAGGGAAACUGAUAGGGCUGCUGGAAUAGUCACGCUUGCAAUUUAUCUUGGAGAGACAGGCUCAUAUAUUUUAUUUUGUUUUCUCUUGUUCAUUCCCCAUGUUGUACUGAUGCUUUGUGUCAUACAUAGGAGCGUCUUUUUUAUACUUCCUGUUCUUACUUGUUACGAAGUCUUUAGAGUAGAAAAGGAAUUUAGGGCAAAGGACCUAAGAUUUUUACCUAAAAAAUUGGCCAUGUAUAAUGUAAAAUUUGGUAUUGCAUAUAUAAUUGCCUGCUUUUUAAGUAUUUAGGCAUUAGCUUUAUACUAAAGGAAUCGGUGCUUUUGAAUUAAUGGUAAUUUCAAAUUGUUUCCAUUUCACUAAUAUGUGAUAUACACCCAAUUCACAGUUUAAUAAUUUAAUAUUGUUCAAAAAUUGUACUGUUGUAUUAUUGUUGUUAUAAAUUUUUAAUGUCAUUGUUUCGCUCUCAAGAAAGGAAAGGAGACGUAAAAUCUCACGUAUGAUAAAGAAUAUUUAAUUGACAAAAUAUAGUAUUAAAACACAGAAACAAAAAAUGCAUACAUUAAGGAAUGUAUUGAGCUGAACUAAUAGUUAUUGGAAAUAAAUUUGAAUCUUGAUAAUUUCCUAGUCCAAUAUGAACACGAUUAGCAUAAUCUGGAAUAUAAUCACUUGGUAGUCCUCGGGGAGGAGGAAAAACCAUUUUUACAUUGUUUUCAAAAGUUGAAGUUUUAUUUUUGAUAAUAGCUAAUUCUUCUUCACAUUCUUCGUAGAUUUUUCGAAAAUAUUUUCUAUAGAUUAUUAGGCUGCACAAAAUACUAAGAAAUAUGGUUAUCAACAAAUUUAUAACAACAAUAGUCGUUCUAUAAAAUCUAUCUGUCUGUGCCUGACCUCCCCUAUCUGAUUCAUACAUUAAUCCGACAAGAGACAUUGUUAAAAGUUUAUCCUUGUUAUGACUAAGUAAAUAAAUCUUUAUCGUUGAUAAUAACGUUAUGUAAAGAGUAAUAUACCUGGUAUAUGAAUUAGCAAAGUCAUUUAUUUGAUCUUUUAAAUUUUCCCAUGCUGGUGAAUACCUUAAAUUGCCGUCAAGUUUAGGAUCUAAGCUAUUUAGGUCCAUUGAAAUAUGCCAAUUUUUUUGUACAGGUUCAGCUAAAUUGUUUAAACAAAACGGAGAGAAUACAAGUAUUAAAAAACCUUUGAAAGUCAUUGUUAUUCCAUAAACAUUUUUUUCU